UCGCAACACAGAACUCGACCAGCUGAGCUAAGUUGCUAAGGGCGUCGGUAGUAAGUGGGUCCGAGUGUCAGAAGUUCACUGGACGUCGGUCAGAGUGAACGUUCGGUCGAUGUGAAUGAUGCGACAUUUGUGUGAUUGACUGCCGUGUACAUACAAGUGUUUAUAGAAGAGCUUUUGCCAGAGGCGCGAGUGUUGGAAGAGACUGUCGGUGUCGUGAGGUAGUGACAAGGGCUCUAUAAACAAACCCUUCGAGACAUCCUCUCGAGAUACAGAAACGGUUCAACAUCAGCUGCGUUUGAAGUUGUGUAGCGGAGUAGCUUUCGAGCGAAUUCUUGAGUGACCUGAUAAGACGUAACACCCCCGGGAAAUGGAUAUCCUGCAGCAGGAGGUGCGUGGCAUCGCACUGGCUAACCUGUCCGAGGUUCAAUCGUCUCCGGUGUACAACCAAACGACGGUACCGCUAAAUCGAAAGGAUUCGCGCAACAUGGAACAGGCGGUGAUACGGAACAACACCGCCAACACGUUCCCCUCUAAUCAUGACAUCGAGGGACACAUCCGGCCGUUCCAAAAUUUGCCACCGCGCGAACCGGUCGACAUACAGUUCAAAGAUGUGUCGUACUGCGUUAGUCUCGGGUUUCGCAAAGGCCAGAAAGAGAUCCUGCAUAAGGUGAAUGGCAAAUUCCCAGGAUCACAACUGAUCGCCAUCAUGGGUCCGUCGGGAGCGGGCAAAUCGACACUACUGGAUGUCUUAUCCGGCUACCGGAAAACAGGUGUCGAAGGCGCGGUCUACGUCAAUGGACGUAUUCGCAACCUGAAUAGCUUCCGGCGGAUGACCUGCUACAUUACACAGGUUGAUCGUUUGCAGACACUGCUGACGGUUCUGGAGAACAUGCGCAUUGCGGCAGAUUUAAAGCUGGGACCAGAAGUGUCACGGCAUGAAAAGGAGUCCAUUAUCGAAGACAUUCUCACUGUUUUGGGACUGUACGAGCAUCAGUUUACCAUUACCAAACGUCUAUCUGGUGGGCAGCGGAAACGUCUCUCGAUUGCGUUGGAGCUGAUCAACAAUCCAACCAUUAUGUUCUUGGACGAACCAACAACCGGUUUGGAUAGCUUCUCGUGCAAUCAGGUCGUAGACCUGCUGAAGCAGCUCGCUAAGCAGGGUCGUACGAUCAUCUGCACCAUCCAUCAACCGUCUGCCAAGUUGUUUCAGGAGUUCGACCAGGUGUACGUACUCUCGAACGGAGAAUGCAUGUAUCAGGGCUGCACCAACAGCUUGGUACCGUUCCUUCAGUCCGUCGAUAUGCCCUGCCCGGUGUACCACAAUCCCGCCGAUUAUGUGAUUGAGCUGGCCUGCGGGGAGUACGGUGAUGAUCGGAUCCAGCGCAUGGUGAUGGAGAUGGGCAAUGGUGAAUGCACGGAAUGGUUCACCGACAAGCGGAAGCUGCUAAAGCUGGAGCAACUGCGGAAGAAAUACCCGCUCAAGAAGAUCAUCGAGCAGAACGAAGACUUGAUGGCGACGUCCCAGCUCCACCAGCUGAAGGUUCUGAUCCAGCGCGGCAUUAUCAAGGCAAAGCGGGACGCUACCCUAACACAUCUGCGCAUAGGGGUGAACAUCAUCAUUGCGGCGAUGUUGGGCUUUCUGUUCAUCGACGCCGGCAAUGAGGGUUCGCGCGUGCUCGACAACUACAAUCUGCUCUUCUCGAUCCUGAUGCACCACAUGAUGGCCACGAUGAUGCUGACCGUGCUGACAUUCCCCACUGAGAUGGGCGUUAUACUCAAGGAACAUUUCAAUCGAUGGUACACGUUAAAGUGUUACUACCUCUCGGUCUCCAUCAUCGAUCUGCCGCUGUCCGUGUUCUGCUGCCUAAUCUUCAGCGUCAUUAUAUACUUGAUGAGCGGUCAACCGAUGGAGUGGUUCCGUUUUGGCAUGUUUUUCACCAUCAGUCUGCUGAUCGUGCUGAUAGCACAGAGCCUCGGGUUGACGAUCGGAGCCUGGUUUAACGUGGUGAACGGCACCUUCCUCGGACCCGUGCUUACCAUCCCGAUGAUGAUGUUUGCCGGUUUCGGUGUGACGCUUCGCGAUCUACCGAGCUACCUGAAAUGGGGCAGUCACAUCUCUUAUCUACGCUACGGUUUAGAGGGCUACGUCAAUGCAAUCUAUGGCGAAAAUCGUGAGACGCUCGACUGUGAGCUCAAACCGUACUGCCACUACAGAUAUCCUGCCAAGUUCCUGUCGGAGAUUUCAAUGGAGGGUGAUCAAUUCUGGAAGGAUGUCUACGCUCUCUGUGGCACGUUGAUUUUGGUACGCGUGUUUUGCUACUUCUGUCUCCGAUGGAAGGUGAUGUCAGUGCGGUAAACAAUUACUGCGUCUCCUAACGAUAACGUGUGAUGAGCACUCUAGAGGCACAUGGUAGCAUUAGAUGUGAUGGACCGCAAACAAAAGAUGUGAUUUUUUCAUUACCAGACGUAACUCGAUCGUUCCCCAGCGGUUUACGGACAUGACAUCGAAAAAUGGGUUGCCAAAAAGACAUUCGUUCCAAUCAAGCUUAUCGCGUUGCAAGGAAUGCGCCAACGCGCGCAUGAUAAGACAUAUCGCAGUGCAUUUCAACUGUAUAUAUAUAAUACCCCGGGAAGUGUGUGUGUAUGUGUGAGUGUGCGUGUUUGUCUAUUUUGUAUGAACCAACGUGCUAUAGGUUUAUUUAGAUUGUGGUUAAAAACACAAAUAGCUAACGCCAUUUUGUUUUGCAGAUUUCGUGAUGGUGUAGUGAAUAAGAAGUUAUGAAAUAUCCCGUAGAUAGUAUAGCUACAAAUUAGUCAUUUGAUAGUCAAUAAACUGUUAAAACCGCUUUC